AUACGCGCGGCGUCGAUUGCUGAUUGCUCUAUCUAUUGUGCGUUAUAUUUCGCAUUCAAUCAAAUAAUACAAUGUCUACGCCAAAACCUGAAAAAGAUUUACACUUGCCUCUAUCUAGAGUAAAAACCAUUAUGAAAAGCUCUCCAGAUGUCGAAGCAGUUGGCCCGGAAUCGCUGUAUUUAGUGACAAAAGUAACAGAACUGUUCGUGACGGACUUAGCGAAGCGAGCAUAUAAAAACAGCGGCAACAAAUUUUUGGAAUACAAACAUAUCGCUGAUGUCGUUCAAGAGGACGAUACGCUAGAGUUUCUCAGGGAGAUAAUGCCGAGGAAGAUAACCGUGCGGGAGUUCAAGGAGCUGAUGGCGAAGAAAGCGGCGCGCGGCGACCGGUCGGACGACGACUCAAGCGACGAGUCUAGCGACGAAAGCGAGACUUCAAGUGAUAACCAAGACUGACAAAGAAAGAAGCGAUCUAGACGUUAAUUCGUUAAACUGUGGACUUAAAUAUUUUUCUGAAAUGACAACCAUGACUAAGCCCAGGCAUUUAUUGACACAUUAUAAUCUUAUACAAUUUUAUACUUGCAUUAUCAACUAUGAACAAAGACAAUGUUGUGCAACUAAAAGUAGAAAUAACUGCACCUCAUUUUUACAAUUCUUAUAUAAUGGAAUAUUCCCAUUUGUCCCCACCCCACAUGACCACCGCCAAUCCUGACGUGGGGACAGCUGGAUGGAAUGAAUGGGAAUAGUCCCAUUUGUGCCCAGCAGGGACGAAUGGAAAUACACAGGGUUAAUUGCAUUGUUUCACUAUUGUGUAUGAUUUAUGGUUACUUAGUUGAUUUGAAAACCGUUGCAUGCAUGAUAUGUCAUAAUGAAAUUCAUACUUUUAGGUAGGUAGGUAAUCAGCAAACUUAAAUGUAUAGCACAAUGCUUCUAAAGCAGUUUGAUAACUACUUUAGAACCUGUGAGCUGAUAGCUCAUAAUUGUUAUAUUUCCAAUUUAAAUGGUAAUGAGUGAAAGAAGUAUUAUUAUUAGUAGUGGCACAUUAAAAAUUGAUAUUUCAUUUCAACGUAACAUACAGUGUAAACUCCAUAUAAUCACUCGAUAUAACGAUUCACUCCCUAUAAUGUUGACAUGUGUUGCCUAUAGUUGCUUUAUUUAAUUUUAAUUUCCCUCUACAUAACAAAAACUCUCUAUAGCGUCACAGCCUUCACUCAUCAAAGUGGUUCAGAAUAAUAGACUGCCAAAAUCUUAAGGCUGCCUUUUCACUGAGGCAUAGAUGAGAGGUGACAUGUGGAAAUCAACCAUUUUGGUCAUAAUCCACAUCUGAUCUCUUCCCCACCACUGGAUUAUUGAUUGAUUUCUGUAUGUCUCCUCUCAUCUCCGCCUCAGGAAAGGCAGGUUAACUAUACUGUUCUGUCUGUUUCGAGUGUUUUGUAAGAAUUGUAAGGACUGUCGAGUCUUGGUGACAAUACAAUGCAGAGGAAACUGUAAGCUGUUUCACUAAAAAAUUAAAUGAAAUUUCUUUUAAUG